AUGGGGCCCCCGGGCAAUAGGGGAUCAUGGGGCCCCUGUGUCCUCACCCACACUCAAACCACAUCCAAAAAAAGCCUAUAAAAGGUACCAGGGGCAUCUCAUGGUGCCCCCUACUGACCCCGGGCCCUCGGGCAGUGCCCGAGUUUCCAAAUGGUUAGUCCGCCCCUGCCCACUCCCCACUUCUGCUGCGACCACCUAGGUCAGCUUUUUUCAACCUUUUCAAUGCAGAGCAACCCUUGACAUACGU